UGACUGACACAUCUGUCAAAAAGUACAGGAAGUUCGACAAAGAGGCAAACUUCUAUCCUUCUCAGGAUCACCUUUUGAACAAAGUCCACAUAGUCAGGUAAACUCGGUCAUGGACUCUAACACCCCCGCUGAGACUAAAGACCUUGCCCCUGGUGUCACAAAGGAGACCAUACAGGACAGCGCAGCUGCAGCACCUGUGCCCCACCUGGAUGAGAUCCGUCUGGUGGUGCUGGGCUGGAGGUGGCCUGGAAAGAGUCUGACAGGAAACACCAUCCUGGGAAGAGAGGACUUUCGACUGGAGCGUGCUGCAGAGUUUUGUGUUAAGAGACAGACAGAGGUAAAGGGGCGGCAUGUCACUGUAGUGGACACCCCAGGCUGGUUCUCUGCACAAGACACACCACCUUCCUAUAAACAGGAACUUGUAAAAGGGGCCACUCUCUGUCCCCCUGGUCCUCAUGCCUUCCUCCUGGUCAUCCCGGUGGGAAUGUUCACAGACGUGGACCGAUCCCGAAUUGAGGAACACGUGAGUCUUUUUGGUGAAAAUGUCUGGAAGCACACAAUUGUGGUGUUUCCCUGGGUGGAACUCCUAAGGAAGAUUUCUAUAGAGCGCUACAUUCGAAGAGAGGGUGAGGACCUUCUGUGGGUGCUAGAGAAGUGCAAGCGGAGGUACUUUGUCAUUAAUAACUGUGUAUUUGGAGAGCAUCCUCAAGUGGGACGCUUAAUGGAAAGGGUGGAAAAGCUGGUGGCUGAAGAAGGGGGGCACUUUAUCCCACAGGAGAAGGUGGAGGAAAAGAAGCCACAAGAUGAGAAUCAGAACCAGGACAGAGAUGUUAAGGAGCUCGGGGCACGGCCCAAACAGAACUCUGGGCUGUCUCUGUCCAAAGUGAUGGAAGUGGAACCAGUUUCAAAUUAACCCGAUACCUGUGACAGCUUUGUCUCAGGAGAAGCCCGGAUCUCUGAUGGUAAAGAUGCCCUAUUUUUCAAAAUGAAUGUUGCUGAAAUGUUAAGAAUGUACAAAACUGUGUGAUUAUUUAUUUAUAAUCAAACUUUGUUAUUUGGUAAUAUGUGUGUGUGUAUAGGCAAACUGUAGUUUGAAACAAUGUUGAUUAUCUAUAUCAAUGACUUGUAUGAAUGAUGAUUUUAAAAAGCACAAGCUGUUACAUUAACAGACAUGACCAUUUUUAAUAGCAAAACACUCCUUUGAAGUAUAUUGUUCAGGAAAGAUGCACUAUAACAUUGUUACUACAGUGCUGCAAAAUGUAAAAUGUAGUUUCAAUUUUAAUGACCAAACCUUUCUUUUUUAAAAAUAUAAUAUAAUACCAUUAAAAUGGUAUCAUGUAUUGUGUGUAUGUUGUUAUUUUAGCUCCUGCCCUAGCUACCCACCUUUAUGUUACUGAUAAUUAAUAAUGUAAUCGCAAUUUAAUGUAAUAUACAUACAGAUACAGCCUUUCCAUCUAAAAAAUAAUCCAUCUUGUUACUGUUUGUAUUGGACUGUAAACUUGUUCAAAUUAGGAAAACUUUAAAAUGUACACUGAUUGAAUAAAGUUACUUCUGUACAUUUAUAAUAACACAAAAAGCAAAACA